AUGUCCAAUGGCUCCAAAGUCCUGGCUACGGUUGCGCCAGCAGCGCAGCUGCACUGCAACCUGCGCGCCGAGGGCUUUGUGGCGCUGGAGCUUCGAUGCGGCCUCUUCGGUGCCGAUCUCGAGCUCCUUUCGCCCAGCGACUGCGUGUGGCGCUCCUUAGCCCGCUCUGGCCCUGUCCUGUCUGUCAUGGGCCAGGCGCGGGCAGGCUUGGUCUUGGAGGUGCCUUUGCAAGAGCUUCCCCCGUCAACCGAGCACCUAGUCCUGGCUACUGUCGGCCGCACAGCCUCUGAGGGAGGAUGGCUGUGCCUCUCGGUGGGGUCGACGUCUGUGAUGCGGAGCCACGCGGGCAAGGACAGCUGCGCACAGGGCUCCAUGCUUCUGGUGCUGUCGCGCUCUCCUGAAGCAUGGCUGCUUCAGGAGAUGGUGCCGAACCUCGGCCUCAGUCUUGAGCAACAGGCAGGUGCGGUUGUGCGCGAGCUCUACUGGCCAGAGGUCGGAGUGGCCAUCCAGCGAACAUCCAUGGAUUUCCAGUCUGUCACCUGGUUGGAGGUUUUCAGGGCAGACCCUGAUGGACUUUGCGAUAGCGAUGAGGAGAAGGACAUGAAGGAAUCAACCGAAACAGCCGAAACCGCGAGCAACUAUGUCCCACCAGCCAUGCCCUGCCGAUCCAGUCUUCCCGAGCCACCUGGAGGUUGGGACUGCCAGCAGACUUCCCGCGUUUUGGAGGAUUCUGCAGCAGGGCCAGCAUCAGCCACCCAGAUGUGGCACCCAGGACUGCGAGAUGUGUCGCCGUCCCAUUCGGCCGCCUGUGACGAAGUGGAUGAGGUCUCCCUACAUGGAGGCCAAGGCCGAGAUUUCGGUCCACCUCGGGCCACCCAGAGGCUGCAGGAAGCCAAGAAGAACAGGCACAACGACCCGUUUUCCCUAAAUCUGGCGGAGCAGCAAAGGCAGACAGUGGAGGCCAUUGCAGCCCGAAGAUGUCUCGAGCAAGCUCAUGAUGAGAAUGAGGCGCUUCGACGCAGCUGGAGGGCUGCAGAGGCCCUGGCAGCAGAGAAGUCCAGAAGAAGCGAGGCCGAUGUGGCGGAGCUCUGUCAGGAGGCCGGCCGCCUCACUGUGUCCUUGGGCUUGGCAGAGGAGAAGCACAGCAAGUCGGAGGCCUUGGCCAUGCAACUGCGCCAAGACCUGUCCUCUUUGAGGGAGGAGGGGAAGGCUCGCGAGAGGGAUUUACGACAGGAGGCGGAGCGGCUGUGGUCCGAGCUGGAGGCGACGUCGGCAAAGCUCACGCAGCACGAGGCAGCUUGGCAGACUCAGAUGGACGACUUCGCGACGAAGCUGGCAAAGGAAAAGUCGAAGCGGGAGCGUGGCAAGGGAGAGCUUGCUGCGCUAAGGCAGGAGCUGGAGCGCUGCAAGCUGGCCGAGCAGGAGGCUGAGGCCUCGCGAAAGGAGGGCGAGAAGGCGUGUGCACAAGAGUGCGAGCACCUUCGUGACCAGAUGCGUGCCGAGGCUGAGGAGGCGAUGCGAUGGCGCUCCGAAUGGGCAGCUGCUCGAGCGCAUGGCUCUGCAGAUCCGGCUUUUUCAGCGCCCACGCUGCGUCUGGAGCUGCGCAAAGCCGAGGCAGCCUUCGCGGAAGAGCUGUCGUCCGUUCGUGCGAGGUUGGCUGCAGCCGAGAGGCGAAACCGGGAGUUGCUCGAAAACUUGCAGAGCACACUGCAGGCUGGUCGGCAAUCUUCUGCCCCCCCUGCCGCUGUGCCAACACCCCCGACAAGCCUCCCGCAGGAGUUCAGACCCCUGGAAGCCUUCCAGUUGGGACCGAAGGCCGAUGAGCAGGACAUCAGUACUCACGGAGACGCUUGGCAGCAGUGGAGCCGCCAGAGACAGUACCCAGAGCAGGAUCUGUGGCAACUCCAGGAGCAGCAAAAGGCGAGAGAGGUGCAGCUUCUUCGGCAGCAAGAACGACAGCCGCUGCGCAUGCAGCCCAAGGAAAGGCCGAUUGACGCCACCAUAGCCAUGAGUUCUAACUUCAGUGGUGGCAUUGGCGCAAGCUAUGCCGAGCAGGACGGCGGCGGGUCUGUAAGCAGCACGGCCACAAUCAAACCCGGCGGCACCGGCCAUGGUAGGCAUCUGACUCGCUUGCCAAGUGCCCCAAGUUUCGAGAUCGACGCCAAAAACGCUGACAACGAAGCCCAGAUUGGGGAGGCGCUGCGGCGAGCAGCGCGGCAGCGGAGGGUGGCCAAGACUCGGAGCUUGGAUGACGAGUACGCGCGGUUCGUGCGUGACGCGCGCCGCCCGGCAUCUAUGCCCGUUUGA